AUGAUCCCCUGGAAGCCCCAGGAGGGGCCAAGAACUGAUAAUGUCCGAAGGGCUCCAUCUCUCCUCACCAGGACUCCCGUGGGAGGAGACACUGCAGGUCAGAGGAAGGAGGGAAUCCCAGUGACCAUGGACAGCAGCUCCAGGAGACAGCACUGGGCAAAGCUCCGAGGAGAAAGUGGGUACUUCUCCUUAGAGCGGCUCCGAUCGGUGCCAGCCCAGGCUCCCUCCACAACACCACAGAGUGGACCUCGAAGUGCCACCCCCCAGGCUUCCCUUCCCCAUCGUUCUGCCCAACGGGACAUUGCUCAGGCUGCUUCUACACAACAGGACACCCCCCGAGCUUCCUCUCCCUCCCGAAUCACCCAAUGGGACAGCUCUAGAGCCUUGUCCACCCAGGACACCCCCAGAGCUUCCUCUCCUCCCCGAACUACGCGAUGGGACACCUCUAGAACCUCUUCCACUCAGCGAAGCAAUCUCCAAGUUUCCUCAUCCUCCAGAAACACCCAACAAGAACACCCCAGAACUGCUUCUACCCAACAGGACAACUCCUGGGCUGCUUCUUGUGCUCAACGAGAUAAUCCCAGAACCUCUUCUCCCAACCGAUCCACCCAACGGGACAACCCCAAAGGAUCCUGUGCCCAACGGGACAAUGCCAGAGCUACUUCUCCCAACAGAACCACACAAUGGGACAACCCUAAAACAUCUUGUGUCCAGUGGGACAGUACCAGAACCUCUUCUCCCAACAGAACCACCCAACGGGACAACCCCAGAAUGUCUUGUGCCCAAUGGGACAGUACCAGAACCUCUUCUCCCAACAGAACCACCCAACGGGACAACCCCAGAAUGUCUUGUGCCCAACGGGACAGUACCAGAACCUCCUCUCCCAACAGAACCACCCAACGAGAAAACCCCAGAAUGUCUUGUGCCCAGCGGGACAGUACCAGAACCUCUUCUCCCAACAGAACCACCCAACGGGACAACCCCAGAAUGUCUUGUGCCCAGCGGGACAGGACCAGAACCUCUUCUCCCAACAGAACAACCCAGUGGGACAACCACAGAACUUCUUGUACCCAACAGAAUACCCUUAGAACUUCUUCAACUCAACGAGACAACUCUAAAAUUUCCUGUAUCCAACGGGAUAAUCCCAGAACAUCUUGUACCCAACGGGACAGCCUGCACUGCUCUUCCGCAUCACAGGCUAACCCAAACUCCUCUUCUCAGUGCUGUACCCAACAGGACAAUCCUGGACCAUCAUCUCCCCGUCGCUCUACUCAACAGAACAACCCCAGGAAUUCCUCUCCCCACCGUACUAACAGAGAUAUCCCCUGGGCUUCCUUUACCCUCCGGCCAACACAGAGUGAUGGCCCCCGAACCUCUUCACCAUCUCGCACCAAGCAAAGUGAGGUUCCCUGGGCGUCCAUUGCCCUCCGGCCAACCCAAGGUGACCGGCCUCAGACCUCAUCUCCUACUAGACCAGCCCAGCGUGACCCACUUCAGUCUUCUGUCUCCACACUGCACAGCUCACCAUCCCGGGCCACCUCUUCCUCCCAUAACCCCGGCCACCAUGGUGCCUCCCGCACUUCCUCUCCUCUGUACUCCUUUAGUCGAGGCGCAUCCCAGACUUCCGACUCCUCCCAGCCUCAGUGUACUGUCUGCAUUGGGCACCGGGAUGCCCCUCGAGCCUCUUCACCGCCUCGCUAUUUGCAACAUGACCCCUUCCCCUUCUUCCCAGACCCUCACGCAUCUGAGAGUGAUUCUGUCCACCAUGACCCCCCUUAUGUGCCCCCUGCCGUAUGCAUUGGACACCGAGAUGCUCCUCGGGCUUCCUCACCUCCCCGCCACACCCAGUUUGAUCCUUUCCCCUUCCUGCCGGACACAUCAGAUACUGAAACUCAGUCUCCCCAGCAUGACCCACCUCAGUUACCCCCACUUGUGUGUAUCGGGUACCGCGAUGCCCCCCAGGCCUCCUCCCCACCUCGCCAGGCCCCAGAGCCCGCCCUCUUAUUCCAGGACCUCCCUAGGGCCAGCACUGAGAGUCUAGUCCCUUCCACUGACUCCCUGCAUGAGCCCCUCCACAUCCCCACCCCUGUGUGCAUCGGGCACCGGGACGCACCCUACUUCUCAUCUACACCCCGCCAGGCUCCUGAGCCCUCCCUCUUUUUUCAAGACCCUCCUGGGACCAGCAUGGAGAGUCUGGCCCCCUCCACUGACUCUCUGCAUGGCUCCCCUCUUGUGCUCCCCCAAGUGUGCAUUGGGCACCGGGAUGCACCUCGAGCUUCCUCCCCACCCCGUCACCCACCCAGUGAUCUAGUGCUCCUGGCUCUCUCACCUCCAUCGGGCAGUUCGUGGGGCUCCCGGGGCUCAGUGCCCCCUGGGGAAUCCAGGCACAACUUGGAGAGGGAGGAAUACACCAUGCUGGCUGACCUACCCCCACCCAGGAGGCUGGUGCAGAGGGAGCCAGGGCCCCAGGCGCAGGGCAGCAACGGGGGCCGUAACCGCAGCCCUGGCCGAACUGAGGUGGAGCGCCUCUUCGGGCAAGAGCGCAGGUGA